CCCGGGCGGGCGUCUCACCCACUAACCGAGUGAGCAAGCGAAGAUCCGGAGGGCUCGCCGCCGUUCCCAGGAAGACCUAGAAGCUGAGCCGAAAGGAUCAUAAGGCCUUAGCGGCAGAUUUGUGACAUCCUCAGCCGCAUCUCUUAAAUCAGGACCAAGUGAGCUCGGGCGACGUCCCUCUAGAACAAUGAGCGCCCGCCGAUUGGAGGCCCCCGCUUUAAAACGCGCCGUGAGGAAAAUCCGAUGCGCCGCCAUGGUGGCCAGCCUGGCCAAGAGUUGGCAGGGUUGGGCCAACGAGCACAGCGACAAGCAGGACGCCGCUCCCACUGGGUGGAUGCCCUGCUCUGUGGACCAGAAUGCAGACACAAUGCAGCGAAGCCAUAAGUUCAAAGUUGCUAAACCCCGGGAAACGGCCUCAGGUGAUGACGCCACUCCCAUCCGGAGCGUUUCUAUCUCUAAAAGUGUUCAACCGAAAGUCAGCGAGUGCGGCGGGGAUGUGGUCAACAUCAUCCGCGGGAAGAUGGAGUCGGGUCCUGAGGAAAGCAAGCCCUUCCUGGGUAAUGAGUCGCCAACGCGGCGCCGCCACAUGAAGGCGUUGCAUGGAGCUGGCGGAGGCAUUAUCCAUGAGAGGAAGUUGAUGCUGCAGGACAGGAAAUUGAGCUCCAGGAGCAGCAGCCUGGACACGGAGGACAGCGGCCUGGGGGAUGAGGUUGCGCCUGGAGAAAGUGCCGAAACCGCAGAUAUCAAGUGCAAACCCAAGAUCAAGGUGGCCACCAUGGGCGACAUUAAGCAUUGCUGGCAGCGCUGGUCCGAGGAGCACGCAGAGAGCCAGAAACUCAAUCCCUUCAGUGAGGACUUUGACCACCACUACGCCAUGAGCCGGUGCCUGCGCAAGGGCGACAGCGGCUACGGUCGCCCCAAGGAGGGCUCCAAGACGGCGGAACGGGGCGAGCGUGCGCACAAGCACAUCCACAGGGAGAUGGAGGAGAUGGUCUGGAUCAUCCGGGACAUGGGCUUCCGGGACAGGCAAGGCCGUGCCAUCAUCACCUUCGGCCGCCUCUUUGAGCGCUACGUGAAGAUCUCCGACAAGGUGGUGGGCAUCCUGCUGCGCUGCCGCAAGCAUAAGAUGCUGGACUUUGAGGGCGAGAUGCUGUGGCAAGGACAAGACGACCACGUGCUCAUCACCGUGAUGGACUGACUUCUGGAAGAACCCGCCUUGUCCACGGAGAUGUAGAACGUUGGGAAAUUCCGCCUCGUUUUUGUGAUUGAACUUCUGACCUCUGCAAAUUCCCAGCGUGGCUCUUUACCAAGCUGGGAGAAGGCUGCGCUUUGCACACUUGGAACUACAAUAGGAAUAAACACGUUUUCGUUUUUUUCAUUGUACUUUAUUUAUUUAAUCCAAGUCACAAAAAUGUGGUCAUGUGCAUCCAAGCAAUCACAAUCAAGUCAAAAGAAAAUGACGUUUGUUAGGAAUAAUUAGUUGAGUUUACAUAUUCAAUAACUUUGAUGCUUCUGAUCAUUUUUUUUCUCAAAUUUUCAUGGAUGUUAGUCCUCAGAGGCAACAUGUCCGCCGUGCGUGUAAGGCCUCCGCUUAAUGUGUGAGCGCUACAAUCAAACCCAGCAGAGCAGACCUCCGCCAAGGCCUCGACUUUGACAUUCAGAUGAACUUUUUGAAGGUUUUGCCCUUUUAGGAAAAACAUUGAAUAAAAGAAGACGACAUCAUCAAAACGACAAGUCGACAUGCUCCUUUAAGUUUGGCCAAGGUAACCCGACUAUUACCAUUAUAUCGUCAUGAAAUGUUUGUCUUCAGAUGACAUAAAAACUGUUGUUUUCUGUUGUUGCUACGCUAGCUGCUGACAGCUGAACAGCUUGCAUCGGGUGACUUUGGAGCAAUAAUAAAUAUAAAGUAUAUUAAAUUGUAAACGGGAUUUUCUCAUAAAAUGUUUUGGCACAAAAAACCCACAAAAAUUCCUUACAUUUAUUAAAUAUAUUAAAUAUUUAUAUAAUAACAUCUAAAUCGCUUGUGGUUUUUUAUUUCUUUUAAUACAUUUUUUGCAUUGUUAAAAAAAGCAGUGAUUCUGACUGAUGAUGAUUCCGGUUACAGGCUAGCAUGUUAGUAUGGGGGCGGAUGUUAAAUCGCUUCGAAAAACUGCCUUGAUGAUGGCAGCUUCGGGAUUUUAUUGCUUCUCACAAUGUAGCCUAUGAUUUUGUUUUUGUAAAAAUGUAAU